CUUCACUACCACAUUCCUCGCUUGAGCUCUGGCAAAACUAAAACGAACUGGCCCUUGAUUUAUUUUCCCUUGAUCAGUUAGGGAGAAAAUAUAUUCAACCGUAUUUAUAGGCUAAAUAUAUUCGUGCAGUUGAUCAGAUUUGUGCCUAAAUGAAAAUAGUUGGCCGAGCAAUUACAGUUUAACAUCGGGCCUUACCCUCCAUCACUAUCGCCAUGGCAACAGAGGAGAAGAAACCAGAAACGGAGGCCACUAAAACAUCAUCUGCAUCUGCCAGCCAGAGCAAGUCAGCACCCGUCAAGCCUAACUACACCCUGAAAUUCACAUUAGCCGGCCACACAAAAGCAGUUUCGUCUGUCAAGUUCAGUCCCAGUGGAGAGUGGCUUGCCAGUUCAUCUGCUGACAAACUGAUCAAAAUUUGGGGAGCUUACGAUGGAAAGUUUGAGAAAACAAUAUCGGGACACAAACUUGGUAUCUCGGAUGUCGCCUGGUCCUCAGAUUCCAACCUACUUGUUUCAGCAUCUGAUGACAAGACUCUAAAGAUCUGGGACGUCAGCUCGGGUAAAUGCUUGAAGACGUUGAAAGGCCACAGCAACUAUGUCUUCUGCUGCAACUUCAACCCCCAGUCUAAUCUCAUCGUGUCUGGAUCGUUUGACGAGAGCGUGCGGAUAUGGGAUGUAAAAACUGGCAAAUGCUUGAAGACCUUGCCGGCCCACUCCGACCCCGUCUCUGCUGUCCAUUUCAACAGAGAUGGCUCACUGAUUGUGUCCAGCAGCUACGAUGGCCUCUGCCGUAUCUGGGACACUGCAUCAGGACAGUGUCUGAAAACACUAAUUGAUGAUGACAACCCCCCCGUGUCAUUUGUGAAGUUCUCACCAAACGGCAAAUACAUUCUGGCUGCCACAUUGGACAACACCCUGAAGCUUUGGGACUACAGCAAAGGAAAGUGCUUGAAAACAUACACCGGCCACAAAAACGAGAAGUACUGCAUAUUUGCUAAUUUCUCUGUCACAGGUGGAAAGUGGAUUGUCUCCGGCUCGGAGGACAACAUGGUGUACAUCUGGAACCUGCAGACCAAGGAGAUCGUACAGAAACUACAGGGUCAUACAGAUGUGGUGAUUUCUACUGCCUGCCACCCCACAGAGAACAUCAUUGCGUCUGCGGCGCUAGAAAACGACAAAACUAUCAAACUGUGGAGGAGCGACUGUUAAGCCUCUGCAUCCUGGGCAUGCUUAUUUUAUUUUUUUUAAUUUUUUUUUUACUUUUCAUUUGAGGAAAAGAGGACUUUCUGCUGAGAAAUCUGGGCCCGAAUGCUUUGAGGACUGAGCCUCAACUGGAAGAACAAAAUGAAUGCAAGUUCAGAACAUCACCACAACCACAUACCUUCCCUUCCUCCAAAACCAGAGCAAACCCCAACCAAACCACCACAACCCUCUACUUGGUCUUGCUUGUGCCCUUACAUGCUCUACCAUCUCUGCCUUACUGUUACUGUGAGCUGGAUGUUUGUGUUUCAAUUGAAAUACGAGAAUCAACUUUUGUCCUUCAUGAGGAAAGUAGUCAUAUGGUAUCUCAUGAUUUAAUCUCUGUAGGUGUCUUAGUAUUGAUACACGUUUUGAUCUUAUAUUUGACCAAUCAAGCUAGAUUGCAUUGGCCUCAAGUAAGUACUCCUAUCCCCCAUGUCAGGUGUUUUUUUUUUCCCCUUCAGAGUAAUGGACUGUUUCAUUGGUGUCUGACAUCUCACUUUGACCAACUGUAAGUCUCAUUAGAAUAUAGUAGAUUAGUAGCCAGGACCCAGAUUGGUUUGUGCUGUCUUGCCAAACAUGGAGUUGACAGGAUAGCACAGAUGGCUCUAAAACCAGGCUGAAAGAUAAGUGGUAACUGUCAUAUUUCCAAUAUUGGUAAUGAAACAGUCAGUACCAAGAGGCUUUGAAACAUUAAGUCUCAUGCAUGACAGCACCUGAGAUUGGUUUUAUGUUCUGUUUAUUAUUAUAAAGGAAUCUGUUCAAAGCUCGAAAGGUGUUGAAGGAGGGUUAAAAGGUUUUCUGUCCUCAUCAGGGGGAUUUCCAUAGCCAUGUUGGGAGUUUUCCUCCAGAGGCAUUAUAGUCUAUUUCAAGGAGUUUUGUAGUGUUAACAGCAUUUUCCUCAACCACUUCACUACAAGUCACUCAACUGACACCAGUUUCUCUAGUUUGAUAUCGACACUAUGCUCUGAAACAGCAAGCACUGCCUUGUUUUGAACUCAUUCACUUCUCCAUUUUACAAGAUGUAUUCUGAUUCUGUACAUUAGUGUUGGAGCUCAACUGAUGCUUUUUAGAAUUCACAUGGGAUGUAAAAUGGGACCGUGACCAGUCAGUGAGAUGGUUGGUGGGUUGUGAAGGAUAUCGACAAGAGCCUACAUCGAAGGUGCACUUACCUGUACUGUCAGUGCAUCUACUGGUUUCAAGUCAAUCCUGCUAUACUCAAGAAGGUAAUAAUUCAAAGUAAUGUUUGUGAAGAAAGAAAUGAAAGCUAAAGAGGCUGUUUUUCAUUUGAAUGAUUAUUUUAGAAUAUUUAAUUUGGAGAUGCUUCCAGUCCAUUGUCGUUCAGUUGGUACUAACUCCGUGUCUGGCUGUCAUUACAUUUAACACAACUUGGUGGUGAUUUCAUAGCAGUGACCAAAUACCUGUUUAUUUUGUGCUCUCCAUUCUGUACAUACUGUAUUACUACAACAUAUGUAUUGUUUGUUAGACAAGUAAUAUUUUAGCUGUCUUUCUGUAUCGUUCUCUUUAUCUUUGUCUUAACAGCUAGUAGUUCAUUCCCCAAAUGGUCAUUUUUCCUGCUCUCUCCUGUUUUCUGGAUUAUUUUAUCACUGCAGUGGUAUCAAGGGCUGCAUGAAAUUCUGUAUAUGCGUUUAGUCAAUCUGGAUUUUGUGAAUAUGUAUUUGCAUUUGACAGCUAUAACUUGUGACUUAAUAAAGAGCAUUUUUUUUUUAAAGAUGUACAAAAUGUGGUUGUCAGUGGCACUUUCUCAACAAAGUCCCUGUAACCUUUUGACUGAGGACAGUAAAUGUAAUAUCCUAUUAGGAGAGAGUACAGCACAAAGACGAGGAGCAUCAAGAAAGUUUCAUUUGAGAUUUUGUUUUAUUUUUUUCUUUCCAUGAAAGAACAUCCGAUAACAACCCACAAAGAACAGAUGCUUUUUUUCCGUCUUCCCUAAAAAUAAACAAUCUAAAAGA